CCCCUGCAGACCACGUGUACCAUAACGUUCAACCAAAAGCGUCCUUUGUGUGACCAACAGUGUCACCACAGCUGGAAGCACAAAGCCCAACAAGCUAGCAGACUCCACCAUUCCAUGGGCAGGGCACAGCCCUAGGAGGGCGUCAAGGCCUGCUUAUGCCUGUCGACCACAGAUCUAGCCAUCCUCCAAUACACUUAGUAAGUGGUGCUGCCCGCCCAUUUCUGUUUUCUCAACCAACCUCUCUUGUGUCACUUCAGCCUCAGCACCUCUUAUUCGCACCCCCCAAAAUAAUCCUCUUUGUUUUAGAUUUCAAGUCCCCUUUCUAAGCCAGAUGCCGUCCUGGAGGCUGGGAUCACAAUGAUAGCCUGGAGCUAUGAGGAGCCACUCCUCGGGCUGAGCUGGUGUGGCACCCUCAGAGUCCUGGUGGGCAAGGUCGAGGCAGCAGCAGUCUCUGGCACGCAUACCUUUACCUAGUGAGGGAGCAUGUCUGAGUUUGUUGAAAGUUCCUAUCUUUUGUCUUGGGUGGUUGUACCUGUUCCUGUCUUCCGCUCAUUUGGUCAUAUAUCUCCUUUCACUUCCUUCCUGCUCCCUUCCGACCCUUUCCUCCUUACGUCCCCUUCCUGCUCCCUCCCUCCUGGGGACUUCCUCUCUCAGCCCACACACACCCCACUUCUCAGCGGAUCCUGCAGAGAGACCCGGUUGUUGCUCCCCUGCCUUCUCACUGCCCCGGCAGCCCGUCCUGACAGAACCAAGGAAAGGUAUGAUUUAAGUCUGGAUGAAACGGGAGCUUUGACAUUUCAGAGAGUGCAGUUUGUCAUGGGUCUACCUCUGUUAAAACGUGCAAUUCAGGAACAGGCAGAGAACACAAAGAAUUUUGUCAGUCGGAGCCUGGCCAUAGGAGAAGUCCUCUCCAUGGCGGACAUGGCCACAGGAGUAAAGCGUGGAAUAAUUUACUGGCUAUUUGGUGGCACAGUCAGGAAUCUUGGAAGCCCGGGACAUGUGACUAAGUGGCUUCAGCCACUCCAGGGGCAGAAAUACACUGGGAUGUUCGCAGUGACCGAGAGGGGCCGCGGGAGCGACGUGAGAGGGAUCCAGACCCAAGCCACCUUUGACCUCUCUGUGCAGGAGUUCGUAAUUGACACGCCGUGUGAAAAUGCUGAGAAGAUGUUCGUCGGAAACGCGACGCAUGGGAAUUACGCGGCCGUGUUUGCUCAGCUCAUCAUAAAUGGAAGGUCUCAAGGGCCCCACUGUUGCAUUGUUCCUGUCCGCGAUGAAAACGGAAGCUUGUACCCAGGAGUGACGGCCGUUGAUAUGAUGUACAAAGAAGGCCUGCGUGGUGUGGAUAAUGGGAUUUUAAUAUUCAACGAGGUUCGGAUUCCAAGGGAGAACCUUCUGGAUAAGUUUGGCUCUGUGGCUCCAGAUGGGCGGUCCCCUUCCCCUAUUAAGAACAAGAGUGCAAGAUUCAACGGGAUGCUGGCAGCGCUGACCCCUUCAAGGUUAGCUGUGACUUUCCAAGCUAUGGGUGCCACGAAGCUUGGACUGACGAUAGCCAUCCGCUAUAGUCACAGCCAGAGGCAGUUUGGGCCUAAAGCCAAGAAAGAAGUCAAGAUCAUUGAGCACCAAACACAGACCCUUCCGCUGAUGCCUCACCUGGCCACAGCCUUGGCCUUGACCUUCGCCAGCAGGUCUGCCGGGGGCCUCCUGGACAAGGACGUCUUCCGUGGGAAGGAGCUCGUGGACAGUCGCCCCUUGCAGGCUCUGGUGGCGGGGCUGAAGGCCUACAGUACGUGGGAGAACGUCGGCUGACUGCAGGACUGCCCCGAGUGCACAGGAGGCAUGGUUGUGGUGCGGGAACUGCUGGCUCGAUAUACCAAACAGCAUCAAGAGAAGCCACUCUCCCCCUUCUUCCGAGACUGGGCUGAGUCUGGGAGUGACAAGCUGAGAACCAGUUUCUUGGCAUUUGAUGUGGACACAGUCGGUAAUCUCGCCUUUCUGUUGAAAGCAGUGAAUUUUCGCGAAAGGGCUCUUCGCCGGAGUUUGGUGGCCAGAAUUCAUUACAAGGUAAAGAUACGUAAGGAGGACUUGUUCAGUGCCUGGAACUCGUGUCUUCGUCAUGUUGCCUCCCUGUCUCUGGCACGCAUUCACAGAGUUACUCUAGAGCAGUUCUGGCUGGCAGUGAGGAGCUGUCCUGAGCAAGAGGACCAGGCUUUGUUAAUGAAGUUUUGUCUGUUAUAUGGAACCAAGCUGGUGUUUCAGGAGUGAGCCUGGUAUCUAGAACAUAAAUAUUUGACUCCCACGGCCAGCACGAGGAUUAGGAGUCAGUUACUGGAUUUGUGCGACUCGGUGAAGGAUGAUGCCCUGAGGGUGAUCUCCGCCUUUAACAUUCCACACACCUCCCUCCACGCACCAGUCGCCGGAAUCACCAAUGCGCAGGCGGCCUGGGCCUUCUACCCUGCACGGCCACAACCCCAGGCCCGAGAAGGGGCGCGCUCUCAGCGGCCCAAGCUGGGAGCCAAGUUAUAG